AAGGUGCUGAAAGUAAUAAAAAAGUCGCCACCAUUGAACCAAAAAAGGAAAAGGAGCUUUGGAAAGUCGCACGGACUAACAUGAAAAAGUUUACAUUUAAGGGAGUCCUGGACGGAUUUAGAUCUUCCGUUCAAUCGACACAACAGCGCUGUGAUAAAGAAAUCGAAGAGACUCUAAGGCCCAAUGAUUUCACAUUGAAAAAGACAUUCCGUCACGGUUUUCCACACAAUCCAACAGCGAUCGCAUUUGAUCCUGUCCAAAAGUUGCUCGCGAUAGGAGAUAAAUAUGGGUCUCUUCGAAUUCUCGGUCAGCCAGGUGUUGAUGCUCACGUUCGUCACGAGGGCGAGUCAGCAUGUGCGGUAAUACAGAUUGAAUUUUUAGUGAACGAAGGAGCUCUUGUGGCGGUUACAGCUGACGAUACGCUACAUUAUUGGAACUUUCAAAAGAAAAUACCAACUGUUGUGCACUGCCUGAAAUUUCAACGAGAAAGCAUUACAUUCAUACAUCUUCCGGUAGGCAGUAAAUGGCUAUAUGUUGGCACCGAAAAAGGCAAUAUCCAUAUUGUUCACACGGAAUCAUUUACAUUGAGUGGAUACAUCAUACACUGGAAUAAAGCUGUUGAACUCACAAUGAAAACACAUCCCGGUUCGGUGGUUCAUUUAUCAGAUAAUCCACUAGAUUCAAAUAAAGUGUUGAUAGGAUUCGAAUUAGGUCUUAUAACCCUUUGGGAUAUGAAAGGAAAAUAUGCUGAAUUUCGAUGGCAAUCACAUGAACCACUUCGCUCAAUAUCAUGGCAUUAUGAAGGCAAGAGUUUUGUGUCAUCACACAUUGAUGGUUCAUUAUGUACGUGGCCUUUACGAGCAACAGCUAAACCUCACAUACACAUUUAUCCACAUGCAAAGCCGACGAAAGAGGGAAAACUGGAGACAUGCAAGCCAAUACAUAAAGUUGAACUUAAAACGACACGUAAUGGUGAAACUUUUACCAUUUUCUCGGGUGGAUUGUCAAUGGAGAAAGGUGGAAAAUCACCAUGUAUUACGGUAUUACAAGGAAAAGGAACAGCAGUACUUCAUAUGGAGCAUCCGGUUGUUGGCUUUGUUGCAAUGUGUGAGAGCCCAUGGAUGAGUGAUAUGCAAGAGCCAUAUGCCAUUGCUGUGCUUUUGCAAAAUGAUUUGGUAAUAAUAGACUUAACAUCAAAUGGCUUUCCAUGCUUCGAUUCACCAUAUUCGAUGGACCUUCAUGAUUCUCCUGUUACUUGUUGCACGUAUCUUGCUGAUUGUCCAUCUGAUUUAGUUCCUGCGUUUUAUUCUGUUGGUCGACAUGCACAAAAUCGAAAACCUGGCACAUCGGAGAAACAUUGGCCAGUGAGCGGUGGCUCUUGGGCCCCAGCAUCACGUAGUUAUUCUGAAAUUAUUAUCACCGGACAUCAAGAUGGUUCCGUCAAAUUUUGGGAUGCCGGAUCCGGAUCGUUAUUAAUAUUAUAUAAGCUCAAAACUGCGAAAAUUUUCGAUAAGCCCAAGACACGUUCACUUGAUGGCUCAGCAGACGAAGAUCCAUUAGCUAUACAAGUUAUUUCAUUAUGUCCUGAAUCAAGAAGGUUGUGUGUGGCUGGUUACAGCGGUCAUGUGAUAUUGUUUAAAUUUAAGAAACAAGAAUGUUUAUCAGAUAUCCUAGUUUUAGAAAUUCCUAUAACUUAUGAAAAUACAGAUGAAACUGAUGUCAGCCCCGAAUGUGAAUUCAUUCCACGAUCAUUACCGAAGCAAGCAGACUCAAUGGAAAACGAGAAAAAGUGUGAUGGAAUGUUAAGGGUACGUCCAGGACAACAGAGAAAACCGCCAGGAUUUCAGGCUCAACUGGUUUGCCUCACGCCAUGGACGAACAAUACACAUCCUGGUCAAAUUACUUCAUUAUGUAUAAAUUCUAGUUAUGGAUUAAUGGCUUAUGGAAAUGAGUCAGGUUUGGUGAUAGUUGAUAUUGUACAAAAAGUUUAUCUCAUUAAUGUCGCUAGUCCGGAUUUAUAUGGCGCACAAGAUCCAUAUUCACGUACUCCAAGAAGUCCAAAGCGCUCGGAACCGCCUUAUUCACGUGACGAACAGCGUUCACCAAGUAUCGAUCAGAUGAACGGUGUUUGCUCAGAUAAAUUGGACAAUUCAUUUUCCCGAUCGCGCUCAUCAUCGAUGUCUAGUUUAGAGAAUAUAUCUUCCGAGUCUGUGACGUGCUUAGCUUUUGUUGAUAGUUAUACAAAGAAGAGUGAUCCAUCCGCACUCAUACCAACGCUAUGGCUGGGAACGAGUCUCGGGUCAGUGCUAACAGUUUCAAUUACAUUACCUGAGGCAGAUACACGAAAUACGUCGCCUGUUCUAGUAUCAAUAUUGGGUGGACCCAUAUUCCGACUAAAAGGUUCAAUAUUAUGUAUGUCAUUUUUGGACUGUAAUGGAGGACUCAUUCCUUAUUCAUACGAGCCAUGGAAGGAUGAAGGAAGACAGAGAGAUAUAAAAACGCCAACAAAAAGCACAUCAAAUCGUAUGAGUCCGACAUUGAAUCAGGACUUAGCAUUUGGUGAUCGUCAAUUUAUGGUAAUAACGAGUGAAAAACAGUGCCGAAUUGUAGCUCUUCCAAGUCAAAAUUGUGUAUACCGUCUUCAAAUAACUGAAACUGAUUUUGUUGUUCGUGCAGAAGUUGUUAGCAUGAAAGAUAGCGUUUGCCUUGUAUGUUAUCUAUCAAAUGGACACUUAAUGGCAUUUAGUCUACCUAGUCUUCGUCUUCUUCUUGAUGUAGAUUUUCUACCGUUGGCUGAUUUGAGCUUCCAGACAAAAUGUAAGCAAGGCAUCGUAGAUCCGAUGUUAUCAAUAUGGGGUCAGCAAUUGAUAGUGCAUGAGGAUUCCAAUCAGAUAUCAAAAACAUUUUGCUUUAGCAAUAGAGGUCAUGGAUUGUAUUUGGCAACACCGACUGAAAUCCAAAAAUUUACAUUGUGCUCUGAAUUUAGUCAAAAUUAUAAUGAUAUGCUUGGGGAAUUAUAUCUACAAUGUGAAAUGCCAGAACCACCGAAAGAAAGUUUCUUCAAAGGACUCUUUGGUGGCGGAGCGAGAAGCAUUGACCGUGAGGAAUUAUUUGGCGAAGUCAGUGGUAAACCAAACCGAUCUGUUGCAAAAUUAAUUUCGGGUCCGAAUGCCAAUAUACAAGAUUUAAAUACACGCGCAAAUACUGCAUCAAAUGAAUUCAGUCGUGCCCAUCAAAUGAUGAUAGAACGUGGUGACAAAUUAAAUAAAUUGGAAGACAAUGCUGAAAAGAUGGCGAAUGAAGCGCAACAGUUCAGUGGAGCAGCAUCACAACUUAUGGCAAAAUAUCGCGACAAAAAAUGGUAUCAGCUGUAAGUGAACAUAGAGAGAAUGUAUAGAUAAAUUUAGAAUGAAUGAAAUGAAAUUUUUUAAAACAAAAAAAAAAGAAGGAAAGCUUAAUACACAAACACAUAAACACAAAUCCACAAUAGAGAAUGAAAAAGAGAUUCCAACAUUCUUUCUGCUAUUUCCUGUAUGUUGACUUUUAUUCUGACAAAUGUGGCUUUUUGACAAAAGAUGAGUAGGAUAAAUAUUAUCAUUUAUAUACACAUAAUACGCAUAGACUUUUCAGGCAUUCAAACAUUAUUUACAGGAAUAUUUGAAUAUGAGGCGUCAGGAGAGUAGCUAGAAAUUUUUCAAAAACUUUCAAAUUGAAUAAAUUCACUCGUUAAGAGAAAGAUGGUUGACAUCAACCUCUCUAGCUACGCUCCUGCAAGACUUUAUAGCUUUUCUGAGGUAACAGAAAAAAAGCAUUUAUUUUUCAGCCUCUUUUGUGUGUUUUGUUGUUUGUGUGUGAAAAUCAUUGCCACCGUAAAAAAAAGGGGUUUAGGGGGUUUGAACGAAUAAUAGAAGAGAAUAUUUUUUGUUCUGAUCGUUGGGGAAAUUAUACAAAAAUAAAAGAGAUGUGUAAAAUGACAUCACUUGAAUGAAUAAUUACGACGCGUAGAAAGAAAUCAUUUUGCUUUAGAAUUUUUUGGGUGUCCAACUGCUGCUGCUGAUGAUGAAUUUAAAAGAAUAUUCUGGCAGAUGUGGGGUUAUGACGCCUUUUGUUAUGUUUAUUAAGGCGAAGAAAUAAAUGACAAAAAAAAAUUAAUAAUAAUGUGUUUUGAAACAUGAAAAAAAAAAUUCAAUUAAUGAAAAAAAAUGAAAUAAAUGAUGAUAGCUUUAAAUCAAAAAAAUGAAAUAAAAUAAAAUAUGAAACUUUUUUGAAAAAAAUUAUAUAUAGAACAAGAAUGAUACACAUAC